GCCAUAUGACCCCCGGUGAGCCUUGCCCUUGGACGCCGCUGUCCGCUGGGCGCUUGAGAAGAAGGCGGCCUUUGCGGCCUUCUGCCAUGGCCUCUUCGCCAUGCCGCGGGAGCGUUCACAGAGCCCAGGCCUGGCGGCGCUGUCCUGGCUGGCGCGGGGCUGGGACGCGCUGCGGACCUGGCUGCGCUCCGAAGAGCCCCAGCUGCUGGAGGUGGUGCACAUGGGCGGCGCCUUGCUGCGAGAGAGCUGCGAGAUGAGCUCCGCAGAGAUCGCCUUAGUGCAUCGGGGUGAGCGUGUCAUCCUCGUGCAGGAGGCGGGGCGCCGCGCGGAAGUCCGCACCUCCGACGGGUUCACCGGCUGGCUCUCGCUGCGCACGGCGGAGAAUGCGCCGAUUGUACAAAAAGUGCUACAAAAUGGCGCCAGCUGCAAGCACCGGCGCAGCGCGAGCUUCCGGGAGGAGUUCGAGACCAAGUGGCAGAGGCUGCGGGUGGAUGUGGGGCCAAAUGAGGAGCGCAUGCACGCGCUACGGCAAUCCUCGGGGCGCGUGCCCAUUAGCCAUUGGCGGCCCUCAGGUAUCCCUGUCGCCAGCCCCAAACGGCCACCGCAAGUGCCGCGCAUACGACCGCCGGCGACGCCGCAGAAGGAGGCGACAGCAAGCUCGGAGAUGGCAUCUUCUAGUGACAGAGGAGGGCUGUCCGCAAGUCCCGGCGUGCGGCCGGGGGAGGACCUUUUGGACUUCAAUGAGCCCAAGGAGCCCAGGAUUUCGCGCGGGCGCUUGCCGGACCUGGCGGAGGUGCUGGCGGCGCAUGCCGGGUUUACUGCGGACGCAGGCUCGCAUCCUUCGACCUUCCGGGAGCGAAGAUCAGUCUCCGACAUCCCGGAUGCGCCCCCGUCACGCCGGGAGAGCCAUCGAGACACUCGCUCCUGGCUAGAAGAGCACAAGGAGGAGGAGAAGCUUUUGGCCCAGCUGCCGCGCUUCGAGCAGCUCCUGGACGAGCAGGAGGAGGAGGUCCCGCUGAGCUUUGCCGCCUACGAGAUGGAGGAGGACGCCUUUGGGGCGGAGGAGCCAGAGGAGGAGGAGGAGGCGGAGGAGGAGGAGGAGGAGGAGGAGGCGGGGAUCCCACCAGAGGAUGACGACAAAGCCGCGUCCUGGGUGCCGGAGGCUCACCCUGCGGGCUGA